AUGGCUGUAAACCUGUGUGCUUUGCUCUGUAUCCUUAUGCUUUUAGCAUGUUUUACUCAACCAAAACCUCAUGAUGAUCUACCAUUACGCUCAAUGGAUAUAAGAGAUCCAAACAUUGAUGCAGUGUGGUAUAAAGACAGAGGAAUACGACCUGUUGGGAGAUUUGGCCGAAGAAUGGCACAAAAAGGUGAAGGAUCAUAUUUUGGAAGGCACAGGUUCUGCUAUCCAAAGGUCCUGGCUGUGGACUGACAAUUAACAUAAAUUGAUCUGCAUCUGUUCUGUGAGAACUUAUUUCAAUGCCUCUUUGGCUCCAAUACAUUUCAUUUCAAAACUGGACAUAUUAAUUCAAUUUUCUUCUGUA